CCUGCUCUCUGCUAGGGGGCGGGGCCAAGGCCGGGCUGGAAGGGGGGGGUGGCGGCUGGGCGCAUGCGCAGAGAGCUGAGGGGCGGGGACACGGCUUCCGCCUGGCGUGACCAACUUUGGGCACCAUGCAGGACCCUAAUGCAGACACUGAGUGGAAUGACAUCUUACGCAAAAAGGGCAUCUUGCCCUCAAAGGAAAGUUUGAAAGAUUUGGAAAAGGAGGCAGAAGAAGAAGAACAGCGAGUCCUUCAGCAGUCAGUUGUGAAAACGUAUGAAGAUAUGACUUUGGAAGAGCUGGAGGAUAAUGAAGACGAAUUUAAUGAGGAAGAUGAACGUGCUAUUGAAAUGUACAGGCAGCAAAGGCUGGCUGAGUGGAAAGCAACACAACUGAAGAAUAAAUUUGGAGAAGUUUUAGAGAUCUCAGGAAAGGAUUAUGUUCAAGAAGUUACCAAAGCCGGUGAGGGCUUGUGGGUAAUCUUGCACCUUUACAAACAAGGGAUUCCCCUCUGUGCCCUCAUAAAUCAACACUUCAGCAGACUUGCCAGGAAGUUUCCUGAUGUCAAAUUUAUCAAAGCCAUUUCAACAACCUGCAUACCCAAUUAUCCUGAUAGGAAUCUGCCUACAAUAUUUGUUUACCUUGAAGGUGAUAUCAAGGCUCAAUUUAUUGGACCUCUAGUGUUUGGUGGCAUGAAUCUGACAAUAGAUGAGUUGGAGUGGAAACUGUCAGAGUCUGGAGCCAUCAAGACAGACUUGGAGGAAAACCCUAAGAAACCAAUUGAAGACACUUUGCUAUCCUCAGUGCGGUGCUCCAUUCCCACAAGAAGGGACAGCGAUUCUGAGGAUGACUAAGACUGUGGCCUUGGUAAUGUGCCAGACUUCCUUGAUGUGACAAAUCAUUUGGAUUUUUUUAAAAAGGAAAAAAUAGAAAUUCUUUUCAGCUUUUAAUUUUUUUACAAUUAUAUUUCAAAUCUCACAGAUCUCAAGAAUCAUUAUUGCUGAGAAUUGUGUUACAUUUCUUAGAACUCUCUUUUUAAAUGAAUAACCUUUCCAUAAAUAAAUAAACAAACAAAACCCCAGCUAUUGGUAUGGCAGAUGUCUAAGUUUUCCUUACUUAUAUUUUAAGCUAUGAAACUGUCUGUUCACCAUUUAUCCACAUACAGCUACAUAAGAGUGAAUGUGAAGUGUUUUUUAAUAAUGUGACUAAAUUAUACAGUGGAAAAAUUGCAAACUAAGCUUUAUAGUUACAUUAUCAUUUAUUUUUGCUUUAUAAGGAUAGCAACAAAAUUACUAAAAAAAAGAUUGAUAGGAAAAAUUUUAGUGUUUGUCUUAUUUAGAAGAAAUAGGCAAUCAUUUUUAUAAAACAUUGUCUUAAAAAAAUAAAAAAAUAAAACAUUGUCUUUUCAAAAGAGUAACUGAAAGAUUCCAGUUUCUUGCCAUUUUUGGUUAAAUGUUUUUUUCUAGUUAAAAUAAUUUUUGUCUCAGCCUGAGAUGUCAGUUAAUCCCAAUUACUGUAAAAGACCACCUUAAAUUUUUUUGUAGACAGAUAAUAGCACAUAAAAUGAUAAAUUAUAUCUCCAUCAGUAAAAAGCAUCAAGUAUUUUCUGAAGUAGAAUCCUCUUAGCACUUAACACUUCUUGCCAAAAUAACAUUAAUAGAAAAAUUAGGGGAAGUGUUCUCUAAUGUUUAUGUUGAAUGAUGUAGUAUUUAAUCUGGGUUUGAAUCUUAAAACUAAGAAUUAUGGAAGGCCUAGAGUUCCUUCAGAUUACAUUACAAAAUUUAUUUUUGCUGUAAUUCAGAGUAACAAACAGCUGUGACCCAUUUUUAUCUGUCAGAAGUGUUUGUAUUAGUGAAUAUUUGUUUUCCUACAUAUGAGAGCCAGUGCUGGUUUUAAAAAUGUACUCAUCUAACAAAUUUACUUUGAAGGAUCUUUCAUGAAAUUUUAAUUGCAGGUUGAUACAAGUGUGGUCAGUUCUUUCACUUGCCUGGUAGUACCAUGGGUUUUGUGGGAGAGCUGCCUCCUCUGAUUUUCUAUUGUUAGCUGACAUUAAAGUGAAAUGUUGUGGGAAGAAUAAAGGUGAAAAUCUA